CAGAGGGGGACAUCGAGCACAGAUAAAGUGUUUGACUUCCAUCCAUCCUCCCAAAACAUCCUCUCAGUCCUCACAGAAAUGUUCGAACUUGUACUUUAAUCUAACUCUCACCCCUGCGCGCACUGACCUCUGGAUACACGUCAAGAACAGCUCUAAGGAUCCAUCCUGUUACUCAGAGGAAACACAGGCUGCAUCGCGUCUGUUUUAAAAACAGACAAAAAGUAUCUCGUGGGAUUAAAAGGGACGAGAGAAGAGGGCAGCUGCGUUACAAACUGUUACCUGACAGAGGGUCAGGGAUCAUGACAGCGCUAGCAGGAGGUUUACCGAGAAUGAUGAGACCAACUCCUCACCAAAACUACCCCCGAGGAGGAUACUCUCUGGAAGUGUCCACUCCGUUAGGACAGGGUCGAGUCAACCAGCUCGGUGGCGUCUUCAUAAACGGCAGACCUCUCCCCAACCACAUCCGACAUAAAAUCGUGGAGAUGGCGCAUCACGGUGUCCGUCCGUGCGUCAUCUCCCGCCAGCUGCGCGUGUCCCACGGCUGCGUGUCCAAAAUCCUUUGCCGGUACCAGGAGACAGGCUCCAUCAGGCCGGGGGCGAUCGGAGGCAGCAAGCCAAAGCAAACUUCGUCUCCAGAAGUGGACAAGAGAAUCGAAGAGUACAAGAGAGAAAAUCCGGGCAUGUUCAGCUGGGAAAUCAGGGACAAAUUAUUAAAAGAUGGGAUCUGCGACAGGAACAACGUUCCCUCAGUGAGCGCUAUCAGUCGCAUCAUGCGCUCUAAAUUCGGUGGAGUGGGUGAUGAUGAUGAGGAUGAUGAAGAAGUGGUGAAAAGGGAGAUGGAGGAGAGCGAACCACGGACAAAACACAGCAUCGACGGGAUUCUGGGAGACAGAUCAAGUCACUCGGAUGAGGGCUCUGACGUGGAUUCGGAGCCGGGCCUGCCUCUCAAGAGGAAGCAGCGUCGCAGUCGUACCACCUUCACGGCGGAGCAGCUGGAGGAGCUGGAGAGGGCCUUCGAGCGCACACAUUACCCCGACAUCUACACGCGGGAGGAGCUGGCUCAGCGAGCCAAGCUGACGGAAGCUCGGGUUCAGGUGUGGUUCAGCAACAGAAGAGCCAGGUGGAGGAAGCAAGCAGGCGCCAGUCAGCUGAUGGCGUUUAACCACCUCAUCCCCGGUGGUUUCCCUCCAUCAGCCAUGUCAGGCCUGCAGCCCUACCAGCUGUCUGACAGUCCCUACACUCCUACUUCUAUAUCUCAAGCAUCCGAGCAGCCCAGUACAGUCCACAGACCUCAGCCCCUGCCCCCCACCUCCGUGCACCAAACUGGGCUCAGCUCGUCAGCCGGCUCGCAGGAUGGAGGUUCAGCGUACUGCCUCUCCUCCGGACGUCACGGCUUCUCAGGCUACUCGGACAGCUUUGUGGCCACAACGGGACACACCAACACAGUCAACCCUGCCAUCAGUAACAGCCUCUCACCUCAGGUCAUGGGCCUAUUGAACCCAGGUGGAGUUCCACAUCAGUCCCAGAGUGACUUCACCCUCUCCCCACUGACCGGAGGCCUGGAGCCUAACAGUGGCAUGGCUACAAGUUGCCAUGGUUCCCAGCGUCUAGAGGCUCUACAAGGCCUGACCAGUAUGCCCACUCUGCCCAGCACCCAGUCUUACUGCCCACCCUCAUACACUACCCCAGCCUACGCCGUGGACCACCAUCCAUCCUACCAAUAUGGACAGUACAGUCAGAGCAAGGUGCCUUUCAUUAUAUGAAACCCCCAACAUGCUCUAAACAGGAGGCAUCCCAGACAGUCUGACAUUCAUCGCUAGAGAACAACCUCCCCCCAACGCUAACAUGCUGCCUUUGCUGCCUCUCCCCAGCCCUGAGGACAGCAAAACACAGAGAGAGGGAGAGGGAGAGAGAGGAAGAUAAAAAAAAAGUUGGAUGGCUGAAGAGGUUGAGGUUUUCUUCUCCAGCAAGAGAACUAGUAGAGAUGGAGGUGUAGCGAUGGUGAAGUAGGGGGGGCGAUGAUGACUGGAAUAAUUGGGACCAAAGGCAGCAGCCUCUCCUGUUACCUGGCAAUCUUUGCUUUGCUUUUUCGUCACAUCAUGCUCCAAGGACCAAGCACGAUUCAUUGUCCACGCUUAAAGAGGAAAAGAAGUGUGGUGGGGAGUAAAUACAUUCAAGAUUCUGUCUUUGAUUUUGGUUAUAAGUGGCAGAGAUGCAAGUUGAGGUGGACUUUGUAAGCCCCAAUAAGCUUCUCUUCAUCUCAAUGUUUUAGGAGAAAAUACGUACUGUACAUUGAUGUGACUUUUGUAUCGGACAUUGGCGAUGAAUAUGUGACUACACCGAGAUAACUUAGCAGAAAGGCAUGAACCGAGGCGGAGUGGAGUCAUAGUGAAACCACUGCAACCCCAAAGAAAGUGCAAUACAUUCAUACCUCAUGUGUUGUAAAUUAACAACAAGGAUCAAAACGCCCCUGAUAAUAACCCUGAAAAAUAUGCUCUCUCUUUUUAAAUGUCAUUUAUUUGGGUUGUGCGCAUCGACCAAUCAGGGGAAAUCAUCAAGCAAUGAAAACUAGUAAAGGUAGCUGUGAUGUCAUGAAGCCAAAAAUUCUCUGCCGGUGAAUACAUUAUUCAGUUUGACAGUUAAUUUUGUUCUUUUCUUUUCUUGCAUGUUUUAAAUUAGUUUCCAGCAGGAACUUGCAAAACAUGUGUUCCAUUUCUUAUUUAUUUAGUCUUUAAGUGUUAUGUGUCCUCUGUGCUCCAGUAAGUCUUACACUAUGUUCAGUAUACAUGUUUCCUCUUUUGUAUUGUUUUCAUUUACAUUGGCAUAAAAUGAUUUUGUUGUAAGAAGUUUUGUGUACAAUACAGCACUAUUUACU